AUGUCCAAACCCGGUGAAACAUCUGGAACAUCGGUGCCAAAGUCAUAUGAACCAAGCAAAUCAGCUCUAGACAACAAAGAUCAAAUCGAAAAAGAAUUGAAGCGUCUCGUUGAUGAGCGGAAGGAAAUGACUGCCGAACCCAGUGGAACAUCUGAAACUUUGAUGAGGAAAUAUUCAAAACCAAGCAAGCCAGCUCUCUACAGUAAGAACUAUCACCGAAUUGAGGAAGAACUAAAACGUAUGGAACAAGAAAUAAGUGUCCAUGGUGAGGCAAGGAAAAUUGUGGACCAGGAUUUGCAGGAAGCAGCUGAAAGACUGGCGAUUCCUGGAGUGACUGCGCAAGAUUUGUUCCUAAUUAAGUGCAAAAUGGAAGUGAUAGAAAAACGUCAGUCGGUUGGUGUUUGGUUGGAGGCUGCGUCUCACAUUCCUUCAGCUGAGAAACCUGACCCAAUGCUGGAAGACCAUGCAGAUCCUGCAGAUCCGCAAACAGAAAAUGAAAAUCUUACAAUCCAAAAAUUGAAUUUGGUUUCGGCGGCAAAUAUUAGCUCUGCUCCUGCAACGGGGGCUCCUGGACCAUCCAAACCAGCUCCAGUGAACAAGAACCAUCAGCCUGCAGUCAAGAUGACAGCAAAAAAGAAAAGAACAGCUAAGAAGCGUAAAGGGAAGGGAAAACCACAGAUUUCCAACAUUCCACCGGUUCCAAAAUCCGUCUCUUCUGUCUACACCAGCCCAGCGGCGUCAGAGAAAUCAAAUGAUCCAGCACAACAAAACAAUCAGCUCUUGGAAUAUCCAGAUGUUCUGUGUAACGUUCCAAUGCAGUUUGCUCAACAUCCACCAGCCCAGCCAGCACCACUACCAGGCGAUGAUGAAUUACAUUACGUUCCAGAUGUUAUGAUUGGUCCCCAUAAUCAACAAGAAUGCGAGCACUGUAUUAUUCAAAACCAUCCGGUGAUGUAUCAACCGCCAGUACAAGCGGUGCCAAUCUAUGGUGUUCCGGCUUAUGCUCCACAGCCCCAAAUGCAGCUGCAGUAUGUUCGUCAACCAGGAUUUGAUCAGCCAGUACAAAUUUACGUGCCUGGUCAAGGUGUGAUGAACUAUGUGCCAUAUCACCUUCAAGAGGUUCCUGUUUACCAGCAAGUACAGUACCAUUUACAACCCGCACAAUACGCUUACCAACAGGUUCCACAAUUGGUGAUUCCAGAACAGUAUGAAAAUUAUCCUGUUUCAACACUCGAUCAGACAAUCGAAGCAGUGGUGGCAAAUCUUUCUACUCAAGUUCGCAAAGUUCUGACAAGUUCAAUGUUUGUUGGAGCUAAUGUGGACCUUAUUUCACUGCAACUUCAUGUUGUCGGAUCGGAAGAUCGUACCUCAUCUCUUUCCGGUCUACCAUUCCAUCACAAUGUCGGUGUCACCAACAUCUUCCACCAAAAUCCACCUCAGGUGCUUAUAAACGGUGGAGUCGAAUUGGCUAGUGGGUUUUUUGGGAACGGUCCAUUGACCAUGCAGUCGGUGUCGCCGCUAUUAAAACCAAUGAACACACGAAACUUCCGUUUGCCAGAUGAGGAUACUGCUUCAUCGAGCACUGGAACUGGAUACACUUCAAGAGAAACGUCUCCAGGAAAUGCGACGACUGCCAAUACCUCCACGGCUCGUGCUAGAGUUCCUCCAGCCCGCUUCAAUCGUCGUCCACAGCCAAAUCGAUCAGUGCCACAAAUGGGACCACAUCGGAUAUCCAAGCAACGUCUGCAUCGUGCACUUCGUUCGAGUGCGUCUUCGCGAUCCAAGGAGUUGACUACUAUCCCACAAUUGUCGGAAAAAUGA